UGACACGGAAACGCACUAACGAAGCGUCAGACCUCACAGCACCUGUCUCCGGCCGCAGGACCACGACGGACCGGCCACGUUGCGCCGGUCGCUGGUCGGUCUGCAGGACUCGUCCGAUUCUUUGUGCGACACGUUGUUCGGCACCGUCUCGGGUCCCACUGGGACCGAGGAGGGGACCUCAGGUCUCUCUGGUGGACUCGCGCGGUAGCCGUUCCGGACAGCAGGGGGCGCUGCCGGCCUGCCGUCGUCACAGAGGGGGUGACGCACCGUCACGUCUCAGGGCUCGGUGAAGUGACCUGAGCUCGAGGGCGAGACGCAGAGACAGAGCGAGUCCCGGUCCCGGUCCCUCAGUGUGGCUCGGACUAUGGCUCGGAGGAGGAUGGAAACCAAACCCGUGAUCUUCUGCCUGAAGACGCUGCUGCUGCUCUACUCCUUCAUCUUCUGGGUGACAGGUGUGGUCCUGCUGUCGGUGGGGUUGUGGUGGAAGUUCAUGUUGGGCCCCUACACGCUACUGAUUUCCAGCGGCCCCUCCAACGCGCCGUAUGUCCUCACCGGCACCGGAGCCGCCAUCGUGCUGUUCGGGCUGUUCGGCUGCUUCGCCACCUGCAGGGGGCGCCCCUGGAUGCUAAAACUGUACGCUGCUUUUCUGUCUCUGGUCUUCAUGUCCGAACUCAUCGCCGGAAUCUCUGGCUUCGUCUUUCGGCACGAGAUUAAAGGCACUUUCCUCACUACGUACAGCGAUGCAGUGAUGAAAUACGACGGACGAGACGACAGGAGCCUGGCUGUGGACGGUGUCCAACGCAGAUUGCACUGCUGUGGAGUUUAUAACUACACCAGUUGGUUCAGCAGCGUGUACUUUCCGGUCGGCGGGAUUCCCGCCAGCUGUUGUGUGAGCUUCUCCGACUGCAGCGGAGCCGACCUGAAGAACGCAACUUUGGCUGCACGUAAAGUCUACGCGCAGGGCUGUUAUGAGCUGGUGACGUCCUCCAUAGAGAGCAACGUGGGAAUCGUCGCUGGAGUUACCUUCGGCAUCGCCUUCUCUCAGUUAAUAGGGAUGUCUCUGGCCUGCUGCUUGUCUCGCUUCAUCAGCGCCAACCAGUACGAGAUGGUCUAACAG